GGGAGCGCGGACAGAGGCCCCUCGACGCGGCCCGAGGCCCCACGGCGCGCGCCAAUCAAUGCGCAUGCGCGCCUCAAUCAGUGCGCAUGCGCGCCUCUGCUGGUGGCUCCGCGCCUGCCUGCUCAGCAGCUUGUGCGCUUCUCUCAGGACCUUCCAGCUUCGAAACCUGGGACUUAAUCCAGCUGACGCUGGCUUCAGCAUACUGACCAUGGGACCUGGCAGGAUUCCGUGUGCCCAGGACGAGCCGGCACAGGUGGUGAACGCUGGCAUGAGUGACCCACGGCGCCUGCUGCACGGCCAGUCUGCAGACAGAGCCACCGUGCAUCCAGCCUCUGGAAGGUACUCCUGACGGAUGUUCAGAAAAGCAUUUACCUCACCUGCUUUGUUACCUUUUAUAUUGAACAAGCGUCAUACACUCACAGCAAAGUGUCAUCAAUAGCAUUAAACUCCAGAAGUUUUAGCAUAAGCUGUGUCUUGCGCGUCCUGUUCAAUAAGAGGCCCUGAGCUUUGGUGCCCUCACCCCUACGUCCAGAUGCAUGCGAGGGAGGGAGCGCCAUGCCUCUCCCUGCAGGCACUCUUGACCUCAGAGGGGAAGAUUGGGUGAUGGGGGUGAGGGAGGUUGUCCAGGCAACCUGGAGUGUGCAUCCAGAUCCUGCUUCACUUGGGAAAUGUGCCAAUGACGGGGCCGUCGGGCAUUAGUAGAAUUUCACUUCCCUGGACUUGGGGUCUCGGGUGCUUGAAACCUAGUUACUCUGAGGACAUAGAAUCUUUCCCUACUGCCAGGAUUCAGGAACUGAAAGGAUUAUGUAUACACCAGGCUUGCUAGUGUUUUACGUGAAAUCUUUAUCACUUACUUUGAAAAGUGAAAGUGCUUUCUGGACCUAAAAUUUGUGAAUGCCAAAUAUUAGCUUUGCGUUGCUUCUAUUUUUUUACAGAAAGAGGGUCUACUUGGUCAUUUCAGUAGGUAGAGGGACAUCUGGAAGUGAAGACCUUUCUAUUCAAAAAGAAAUAGCUGAAUAAUUUUUAUUCGAAAUGAUCUUUUGUCUGUUUUCAGCUCUAUUUCUUGUCACUAUUUUUUUGAACAUGUAGUGUAAGUAUUGUAAACUGUUUUAAGUUUAAUUGAAGUUAUUAAACUUCCUGAACUCUUAAUGAUA